AUGGAUAGUAAAUAACAAAAUUUAGAAGACAACUUUAACGAGCAAAUAAAUAAAAUGCUCGAAGAAAAUCACCCUACUUAACUGUUAGAGGCAUUUAAUCUUCUAUAUAAACUUUUUGAUAAUAUAGCUAAGAAUCCUACGGAAUAAAAGUUCAGGUCAAUAAAAACUACUAAUGCUAAACUGAAAUAAAGUUUAUUUAGUUAGUAGCAUAUUGAAGAAGUUCUAAAGGCAGCUGGAUUUACUUAUGAUGCUAUUAAUGAAUGUUGGGUGUUACCUGACCAAAAUUUAUUUAACUUACUCCCAUUGAUUGGAGAGCUUAAAAUGGCAAUAGAUUUAUUGCAAGCAAAUUUAGAAUCACCAGAAAGUUAUGAAAAAUAAUUAGAGCUACAAAAAAGAUAGAGAGAACUUAAGAAAAGUUAACAUGAAAAAUAAGAAAAAGAAGAUAAUCUGAAAAAGUAAUUUGAUUAUGAUAAAUAAGAAAGAAAGCAUAUGGAAAAAGCUAAAGAUUCUGUAGCACAAUAACGUUAAUAUGGAUGCAACUCUAAAACGUUUAAGGAUAUUGGAGUUGAUUUGAAUGCUAAAAGAGGGUGA